CUCUGUGUGAGAGCCUCGUCCAUCCAUUUCUGGCAACCAUGUAAGAAGAGCAUCUCCCGCAACAGCCGCCGGAUGGAGGUGAGGCCAGACCUGCCGCCGCUGCCCGCGCGGGGAUGGCAGCGCACAUUGAGCAGCGGCAUCGCCGACCACAAUGGAUCAGCAGGGGCCGCUCUGAAAGACGCCAACAUCGUCGUUCCAACGGGGCCUUCAGUGACGCGCAAAGUGGUGGUGCGACGGCCUGCGUAUCGCUCCUUUGAUGAUACCGCUGCGGUGGAGACCUCACCUGAGCGUCGGGAGUGGGUGCAGAAGGGCGAGCGUGAGAAUCUUUCGGGGGGAGAUGGUGCGUCGAAGGUCGGCCAUGCUGCAGCGACACAGGUACACAUGGGUGUGGCCUGUUUGUCAAAAGUGUUCGUUCGUAUGUGUGUCGUGUCGUGUGUGGGGUCAGGUUGGCGAGUCUUUGGACCGCAUAGUUUUCAUUCACCCUGACAAGCCGCCUGUCAUCUACUCGCACAUCGCUCCCGAGGACCGCUACCCCACCACCUCUCCCCUAGCGAGCCUGGUCCCCUCCCGGGCUGCCGACACGUCGGCCACACACAUGCAGUCGCAAUACACAUCGAAGCCCAAGCCGCCCACACGCCCGGGUGGGAACAACACGACAACACACCCAAGGAUGGGGGGAAAUGAAUCCGUCCGUGUCUGCUCUGUGUUCGUGGUCAUGCAGUCGUGAAGGUCGAGCCCGGUCGGCUGGCCAAGCGUCACGACCCUGUGGCGAUGGGUGCUAGGUAUCGUCAGGAAUGGCAGAACUUGCCGCGGGUCGUCACGGGGCGUGCGAGGCCCCGACCGGCCACCGACGUUUCACGGCGACUGGGUGAGAUGCGGGGCGAUGAGGGACGCUUCUUGUGAGAGUCAUGCACUGGCUAUGCACGUGUGUGUGUGUGCGUGUGACCUCAGGUUUUGACGAUACACAUCGUGGCUGAUACGAUCACCCUGCUGACCGUAGCUGAUAGCAACAGUCGGCGUUGUGCAUAAUUGUCUAUACUUGUUUAUUUCCACAUGUGCAAGGCAGGCAGCAUGCUUCUUUUGGGGGGCUGCAGACAGACGGUGUGUGUGGUUUCCUUUGCCCUUUAUUGUUUUAUCUUUGGUGUGUGCAGUGCAUUGGUGUAAGUACCAUGUGUGUAUAUAGACAUAUACUCGCUCCGCCCCUGUGCCGGCAUGCGUGGACUGAAAUGUCGAGUGAGUGGCUGGCUGACGGGCUGUCUGAUGCUCUCUCUCCUACUUGUGAACAGACAGACAGGAAGAGAGGCUGCCUCGCCUCGCGCGUCGCCUGGUGUCCUUCCUGUCUGUGGAUGGGAUGUCAAGAUGGAUGGCCGAUACGGAAAGGGAGGGAGGGUAACGCGUCAGUGACCGGGGUGUGACAUGCUCAUGCUUCAUGUGUGGCGGACAGACUCUGUCUGUAUUCCAAUAAAUACUGCCG